AUGCGGAGCAUCCUAUCGGUUAGUAGCGAUGAACUAUCAAAAUUAGCUGCUAUGGCCGACCAGAUCUGGGAACUCAGCUCUGGACCAACGACAGUACAGCUUGCUCCCGUAGCAUCGGGGAGCGCACACUGUAGGGAGCCGCUCCCUGCCUUGGACACCCUUCAAAAGCAAAUAUCAGAACUGUCACUGCAGGUAGCCGCACUUAACGAGCGGAUAUACCCACGCAUGAGACAAAGAAACAUCCGACCCAGAUCAAGAGAGAGAUCACGCAGUCGACGAGCCGCUAACAGCAAUAUCUGCUACUACCUCCAAAUGUCGCCAACCGUGCAACUUCCAAGAUCAAAAGGUUGCAGUCGAGGAAGCGGAAAACUAAUUCCCCGUCUCUCUUUGGCGACAGGGACAACGGGGAUUGAGCUGAGUCGCCUUUAUAUAAGUGACAAGGAUACAGCAACUCUGUACCUCGUGGACACGGGAGCGAACAUUUCUGUUAUACCUCCAGCACCCCACGAAAGGCGCAACUGCAACAAACUCGAGCUUUUUGCAGCCAACGGGUCGACAAUAAAGACUUAUGGCCGAAAAUUACUUAACCUAGAUCUGGGAUUGCGAAGUUUUCCGUGA